GCGCUCGAUUCGGUUUACUUCACCGGCUUUGCCGAGACCAACAAGAGCUUUGUGAUCGCUCGUCUGGCCAAACGUCCCAAUGGGAUCUGCGAGAUGUGGCUCUUCCUGAGGGUGGAUGGAAUAGGAGAGUUUGAACACCCACAACAUCCGAACAUGAUGGUGAGGGAUGAAUCUGAAGAGAUCUGGAGUGGAGGAGGGCUCACCAUGGAAUACUUAGAGCCCCAAGCGCGCUGGAAAAUAAGCUUCAAUGGAUUACUCAGAAAAGGACCCUACCGACAGCAGUGGAGUGAAGAGGAGGGUGAACUUGUACCAGUUAAAUUCUCUUUCCAUUGGGAGAACUUCACUGAAGUCUUUAACUUCAGUGUUGACAGUCACCCCAGCACAUUUACACGUGCUCUUGCCCAGGAACCGUGGACCAUCGAGUUCUUCCAAAGGGUCAAAAAGCAAAGGGAACAACAUUUCCGACACGAGCAGUGGGGCCAGUCUGUUGGAGAAAUUGAAAUAGAAAAUCAUGAGAAAACCCAGCUUUCCCUCAAAGGCGUUCGGAGCCACUCUUACGGUAUCCGGGAUUGGUCUGAGAUUUACCGCUAUGUCAUGAUUUUGGCACACUUUGAGGAUGGGACUGCAGCCCAUUUAACAGUUAUUAACAUGCCAGCUACCAUGACUAACCUUACCGUAGGUUAUGUCUUUUUCCCUGAUGGGAGGAAGGCUGGCAUUGAGUGGUCCAACGCCUCGCUGGCUGAGAUGGCUGAUGAUGGUGUUAUCGGGGAUGGAUAUGGAGUCGGUUUUACUGCUGGUGGCAGGCACUUCGAUGUUUCCGCAGCGCUGGAUAAGCAGGUGUGCCCCGUGGUAUACAACGGCCUGACUGGAAGCGGCGUUUUCCACGAGUGCAUUGCGGAUUUCCAACUGAACGGGUUAACACAAGGCUGGGGCUUGGUGGAGUUUUAUUACAG